UAUAAACUGAAAAUGGACGAAAGUACAGGUGAUACCUUGAAUAGUGACUGCGAGUGUCCAGCUGGAAAAGAACCCCAUGGCACCUGCAAGCACUUGGCUGCUGUGCUACUCAUGCUGCAGCAUUUUACAGAAACAGGAAGUGUUGUUAUAGACAAAAGUUGCACUGAAAAUCUGCAGCUUUUUCACAAGCCAAAAUCAACCUACCAUGGGGUCCCAGUGGAUGCAGAAAGUAUUCCAUCAAGGAAAAGGCCUUCUGAUGAGUCCUUGGAAGAUCCGCGUCCUGCAAAAUUCCGUAAAGUGCCAGGUUACCAAGAUUAUGUUAGAAGUCUACUAAUCAACUACUGUUCCAUGACGUCAGAAGAUAUUGCUCUCCGAUAUCUUUUCGGAAAGGCUUAUAUACAGGUUGCAGCUGUUGACCAUUAUUAUACUAGAAUUCCAGUGACAGAGUACUGGGUAGAUGAAGCAAACAAGGUAACUGAAGCAGGUGUUGGGAGAAUCGAAAAAGAAACUCGACAACAAGCAUCUUCGAAAUUAUGGUUUCAUCACAGAUCCUGGCGUCUGACAGCUUCAAGAUUUGGGGAAAUCUGCAAGCUUACUUCACGAAGAAAUAUCACAAAACUAUGUCAAAAUCUGAUGUCUGUUAACAAUGCUAUGCAAAACAGUGCCUUGGCACAUGGUAAAAACUAUGAGUCAAAAGCACUGAAGUCAUUUGAGUCAAGAUACAGCUGUAAAACAAGACCAGUUGGUUUAUGUAUAUCAAGAUCUAAACCAUUUUUAGGUGCAACACUAGAUGCAUUAUUGUAUGAUGAUUGUCUUGUAGAAGUUAAAUGUCCAUAUUCAGGAAGAAAUGAGAAGAUUCUUCCUGGCAAGCAUUUCAGAUUUUUAGAUUAUAAUGAGAAAAAUGAAAUUAUUUUGAAAAGGACAAGCAAUUAUUAUUAUCAAGUGCAAGGUCAACUUCACAUUUGUCAAAAAAAAUCAUGUUACUUUGUUGUGUACACAUUCAGUGACUUGUUUGUUGAGAAAAUCAAUUAUGAUGACGAAUACUGUACUGGGUCACUUGUUCCAAAACUUGAAACAUUUUACAUCAAGUUUUUCAGACCUUUCAUUGCUUCUACUCUUUGAUUUGUUAUACAAUCUGAUGAAAGAGAGAAAAUAAGGCAAAGUGCUUAGUUGAAGUACUGCAAGUGUUUCUAAAUAUGUUUACUAACAUUUCUGUCAUGUGAUGGUUGAGUUUUCAGAUAAUUUAACAUUGUUCAUGUAAAGAAAUGAAAAUCUUUGUAAAUUUACAUGGUAUGAAUACUUUAUUGUUUGGGUAUAUCAAGAAACCGUUUUUCAGAAAUGAUGAAAUUAUGAAUAAAAUACAUUAAAACUCUGUUGCGUUUAAUAUGCAUGUUUCUAAGUAUAGAAAACUAAACUUGUCAUUAAACUAUAAAUAUGAUUUGUCUGGACUUCUGUCUGAAAGUUUGUCACUUCUGUCCAUAUGAUUAUGAAGUAAUUAGUCGCACAAAAAAUAUAUUAAGCAUUUCUAUCAACAAUUGAUUUCCUAGAAUUAGAUAACGAAAAGCACACAAAAACAAUUCUUGAGCCAAGGUGCAAUUUGCUCUGUGGUAGAGGAUGUUUUAAUAUUUUAAAUCCCUUGCUGAGUCCUAUGACACGUUCUAUGUGUAUUCUCUUUGAUGCCACUCUGCGAUCACGGAUAACUUCCUGUGGAUCCAGUUGGGAUUUUCCUUUCAACAUCGUUGGGGUGUUGACAUAAACAUCUUGGGAGGCGAAGAGGUCUUGAACCAUGAUACCACGAUCCGCCAUAACACUGUCCCCCUUUUCAAACAUUUUCAAAUCUGGAUUAAGAAGCUCAGAAUUUUCAAUGAUUUGUCGGUCACUCGCUGAUCCACCAUAUGCUUUAGAGACAAAACUUACAGCACCUUUUGGUGUACAACCUAUCAUAGUCUUCAGUGUGUUCUUGUGUUUAUAAGCAGACCAUUUGAUACUCUGAGCAUUCACAUUUGAUGGUUUGUUAAUAGGAAGCUCGGUAGCAUCAAGAAUGACACGUGUGUUGGGAAACUUUCGUCCAAAAUCAGAAGGCAUAAACUUUUGAAUAAUAUUUUUUGAUGGUCAUAUGCAUAACUCUUUCAGUUGGUAAUACAUAAAGUUUAGCCAUGUAUUAAAUAUGCGCGACACAGAAGAUUCUGAAAUGCCAAAAAAUAGAGCUAACUCUACAUUUUCUUUAGCCUGUCGCAGCUUCAUGAGUACCAUGAAAAGUUGAUCUUCAGGAUCCAUAAGUGUUGUUUGA